AUGGAGUUGACGGUCCCGCGCAAGAGAGUUAUGUAUUCGAUCGAGGAAAGGGUAUCCGCGGUGGCGUACCACUUGCUGGUCGGCGGUUUCCGGACCGAGACGGCCAAAUACUUGAACGUGAACAAGUCGACGUUCAACAAUUGGUGCACCAACAAGCAAAUCGUCGCCAUGGCCACGUUCAGACGUCGGUUUAUCGACCUGGCGGCUUUCACGCGAGACCACCCGCGCGGGCCGACGGGACCGGAGCCCGCGGCCGCGGCCGGAUCGUCCUCGGGUCCGGGCCAACCGCUCCAAUUGAACGCCCAUUUCAUGCAGAAACAGUAUUCGUACCAAGACGCGCAUUCGCACGACAAGACAAUGGUCGCCACCGCCGGCAUAUUGCAGGCGUACUGGAACGGUCGUUCCGCGAGUGCCGCGUUCGCGGUGGCCGGUGUCGUCGACGGACAACAGGCGUCCCCGUCCGCUGGAUUCGGGUCGGCCGUUUCCGGUCCGUACUCCGACCCGACAAUCGGCGCCGACGUCGAGCCCGGCGGUCUCGGCAACGGGGAGAUUAAGUGCUUCGAUCUGAUGGCGCGCACGAGUAACGGGAUGUAA